AUGCAGGCGCCAGGGCAGGCGGGCUCCGGCUGCAGCAGGCCACUCUUUGGCCAGCCCCUGGCAGCCGUCUGCGGGGAGGACGGCACGCUGCCCCAGCCCAUCCAGGAGCUGCUGGCUGUCCUGCAGCGGGAAGGGCCGUCGACGGAGGGGAUAUUCCGCAGAGCUGCCAGCGCCCCAGCGUUUCGGGAGCUGCGGGAGGCCCUGGACUGCGGCGCGCACGUCGACCUGGGAAGCCAGCCUGCGCUCCUGCUGGCCGUCAUCUUGAAGGACUUCCUCCGAAGCAUCCCCGGCAAGCUCCUCGUCAGCCACCUCUACGAGGACUGGAUGGCAGCCAUGCAGAAGGCCAGCAAGGAGGAGAAGAUUGAAGAGCUGAAAGCGGUGGCCGAGAAGUUGCCUGCAGCCAAUCUCCUCCUCCUCAAGCGGCUGCUGGCCCUCCUCCAGCACAUCGCCCACAACGCCUCCACCAGCAGGAUGAGCUGCAGCAACCUGGCCAUCUGCCUUGCGCCCAACCUGCUGAGCCCAGCCAACGAGGACCUGCUCCCGCUGGAGGCCAUGCUGGAGGUGACCGAGAAGGUGAAGGUGCUGGUGGAGUUCCUGACGGACAACUGGAGGGAGCUCUUUGGGGAGGAGCCAGCUGCCCUUUCGUGUCCAGCAGCCGAGGAGUCGCCAGCCCCCCCGGAGAGAUGCAGAGAACUGCCUUUGGAAGAGCAAAGUGUCCCUGCAGUGAGAGCAGACAGCGAGCGUCAGGCAGAAGCCUUGCUGCAGGCAGCCCCGUCUCUGCUCGGUGUCCUCCAAGCAGCUGGGGCAGAUGUGGGGCUGGAGUCUGAAACGGGAGAGGCACCUCCAGCUUUGCCUCCAAGCAGCCCUGAGAGCGCGGCAGACUCCCUGGUGCGCCCAGAAGAGCUGGCGAGCCUUGCGGAGGAACGAAGGCUCUCACCAGGACAAGGAGAAAAAGAGAAGCCGGAAGAGAAGGCAGGCGUGGGGAGAGGAGAGCGAAAGCCGCGCGGCAGAAAAGAGGAGGAAGAGAGAAACCGUUUGGGGGAUGGAGCAAUGAAACGAUGCAGGAAGGUGCAGCAGGUCAGGAAGCCCAGGUGCUGCUGGAUCGAUGGCCACUGGCUGAAGCGCUGUGACUCCUGGGCCCCCCCACUUGAUGUCCACAAUAAAAGGAUCUUUUCUCUCUUGUGA